AUGACUAAUCCAGGCCCCAUGCUUCAAUUCCGUGCGACACCGCGUCCAAGUCGGGUCCGAACUCCUCGCCCCCAUAGACCGUUGGUGGACGGUGGACCUGUACCUGGACGACCUCCGGACGGCCCUCAUAGAGGAGUACGCGAACCAGAAAAAGCCCACGGACGGGGAGGUAUACCGAAAGAUCCGUCAGUUGCACGUUUAUCAAAGAGCAAUCGAGAGCGCCUUGAGCAGCUGGACAGCCCCAGGAACCGCCAACUCCGUCAGGUGUUUGAUGCGUUGCUGGUCAUCCCGGGACUCUGGGAUGGUGGAAUGCGGAUCAGUAUGGUCCAUCGGUUGGUUGCUAUCAACUGCAUUGAGCAUAUAGUCGCCUACCUUGGAUUCGUGAAGGAGACUUGGUCAGCUUGGGUCAACUAUGACGUCGGCGCGAUGGAAAAGAUAAGCCACGACGAUGUGGAGAGACUAGAGUUGAUGGCACCCGGCGCAUCUCGCGUCGACGCGAAAGCGGCGUGUGGGCUUGUGCUGAGCGGCCAGGCCUUUGCAGGCUUCAGUGAAAGCGAGCGAAUGGCCAUCUGGACUCAAAUGGAAGUGUUCGGUGGACUGGUGCCAUCCCUGUACACGUUCUUUGAGGACUUCAACUCCAUCUGGAGCAUCAUGCGGCAUAUGUUCAUUACGCCCCCCGAGAUGCAGGCGGAUUGUCCCAUUCAAACAUCGGAGUUCACCUUCCGGCAAACGCUCACGGGAAGCAAGGAAUGUCUUGAUCUGGCAUACCGACAGGUCUGGCUGUAUGCGAUGCCGCACUACCCUUUGAUGCCGCCCGAUCUAAAGAGUGAAGAUGAGCUGUUAGCCAAACCAAACCGUGUCAAAGCUGACGAGCGUGCGGUCUAUGAGAUGGCUGAACUGGCAUAUCGGCUGGGAUUCCGCUCUCCAGAGAUCACAGUGUUGAUGAACCAGUCUCCCGACCAGCAAAUUGCGCGAGCCGCCCUGUUGCAGGCCAGGAAACCAGCACGCUUCCGAUAUGCCGCUCGCGUUCUUGAUACACUCAUUGACCGAAUUGUCGACUGCUUCUCAGCUGCAGUCCCUGACCAACCAGACCAGGCGUGUGAGCUCCUCGCUGAUAGUACUGUGAAACACCGGGCACGGUGCGGCAUACCACGAAUGGGAACCCACAAGCAAGAUACUUUCUUCCUAUUCCUCGAUCAUUUACAUGCUGACGCAGUGCCGGUUGCUGAUAACAUCACACAUUCUUCGUCCGCCGCUUUUUUGCCAUCCCAAUCCAAUGAUGACGAUCUCUCCGAUGUUCCUAUCCCGCCAUUGUUCGUUCUAGAUGGUAGUUCCGAGCGGGAGCUACUAGGACGAGAGCAGGUUCGGGAACUGGACAGAGAGGAAACAGAACUACGGAGAGCGGAGCGUGGCGUGCAACAGCUAGAAGGUACCCCCCCGGCACCUCUAGACCCACCCGAGCCGGAGCAGAUGGCCAUGGUGGUCUUGGGUAAGCCGCCAGGGCCAGAAUUGUCCUAG